GAGGUGGAGGCGGCCGCAAAGCCUCGCCUGCCGCUGCGCGGCCGUCCCGAAUGGCGGGCCAUCGGGCAUCUGGAUGCCUUCCCCAGCCUGGGCGGUGGCGGCGGCAAGUUCGCGGCGGAGCGGCUUGCCGACCUGGGAGCACAGACGGGGGAGGCGGCAGCAGCGCUGGCCGCUGACAAGGACGUUGGCCUGUCGCCAGCUGCCAGGCUGCGCAAGGCUGCCAACACGGCCGGCAAGGCGGAGCGCAAGGCGGCAUUGGCGAGGAAAGUUUUGGCAGCAGCCACCUCAGAGGUGUCCGAAGCGGAGGCGGCCCUGCAGGCGGCGCAUGACAGGCUGGAGGACGCCGAGCUGCGCCAGGGGGAGGCGCGGGACCGCCUCACGGCGCUGGAGGAGGAGGCAGAAGGCGAGUCAGGCAACUUCGCCGGGGCCUGGGGGCACACCAUGCAGCAGCUGCAAGCGGUCGAGGAUAUGCUCGCCUUUCAGGAGUCAGACGCUUCGGCGCGGCCUCGGAAGAGGUGGGGCGACUACUGCCCGGAGGGCGGCGGGGCCAUCGACUCCGACGCGGACAUCGAACUGGGCCGCUCGCGCAACCAGCCGCCGAGCGCGGGCAGGCGGAGCGGCGGCCGCCAGCGGCGGGCAACGCCGUGGGCGUGGUCGGAGGAGCUCGGCGGCACCUUCAGCCCAGGUGAGGAUGGCCCGUCGACUGGAGCUCAGGUGCUGGCUCUGGCCGAUAUGGUCCCACGAGAGCUGAAG